AAACAAUUAGAUAUAUGAAUAGCGGUCAUGUUUCUAUAAAAAAGGAUUCAGUUGUUUAAUAAAUGAAAAACUUUGAUUUCGUAUACAGAUCUAGUUAAAGUGAAAAUUUACCAAAUGGAUUAAUAUUGAAAAUAUAUUGGAAUACGUAUGCACCGGUACUUAAGAGAGUUUCUUCAAGCAGAACUAUUUUUGGAAACUUUAUAGCAAAUGUCGUCUGCUUAAAAUCUGAGAAUUAUGGGUACAGAUCCUGACUGGAUGAUGCACGUGUACUACAACUGUCAAUGCAUCUUACCACAAGUUUCCAGAUACCCUCGAUGUAUUAAACGUAUAAAUGGCUAUGUUCAUAAAACAUAUGCCUAUGGAUCACCAGAAAUUGUGAGGAAGAUAUUCACAGGAAAACUGACGCCGUCAUAUUUCAAUGACGUCUGCUAUGGAAGGAAACAAACGCCACAAGAGUUCAGGUUCGACACACCGAUAGAACGCGUGAAACCGUUGUGGGAACCAAAGCAAGUGUCACGUGACACAGCACGUCACGUUCUUCAAAAAAUACAAGAUGCAAGAUACCGGAAACAGAGCAUGCUGGAGAAAGCUUCAAUCAAGAAAGAGAAAGAGCGCAUGCGCAGAAGCGAGGCAGCACUCUUGCGCGAAUCUGAACAAGUGUCGCGGGGUGUUACAGCAUAUUUGGUCAAACUGGAGCGUCAAAAGCAAAAAUACGAUGCUAAAAUAGCUGCUAGGAAAGAAAAACGGAAAUCUAUAGUCGAAUGACUUUAUUUCUGUAUAACCACAUCAUGUUAUUCAAAUACAUGGAUCAUACACUGUGAAGUUUCAAACAUGAAUUUCAUUUAACACGA